AUGGCACGUGUUACAGUUGUUCCUGUCAUGCUGAUAUUAAGCUUUUACCAGUUUAAGACACAGUUUUCCACAACUCUGGCAAGUGGACAACACAAAGUAAUGGAUGUACUUGGGAUACAUAAUGUUCUGUGGAUUACCAAGCAUGAUUCAAGAGUCAUUUUGUCCUGGAACAAUAACCUGACAAAAGAAGAAACUGAGAAGUACAUUGUGAAGUAUAUUUUGAGUUACAGAUUCUUCAAUACCACUCAGGAAAGGAAAGAAAGACUGCAGGAAAAGAAAAAGAUAAUACAUCUUGAGUUACAUUCUGGUUUUAAGGCUAAAGUUAAGACACAGGUUUUCACAAAGGAAACAGAAGAUAUAAUUAAGGAGAGUGACUGGUCAGAAUUUACUUACAAGGCACCUGCAGUCUAUAUUCAGAAUCUUUCAUGCAUCAUAUAUAAUAUUUCCUUUUUCAAUUGUACCUGGGAUAUCAAAGCAGAAGCUCCUGAAGAUAUCCAGAUCUUUUCUUCAUACAGGCAUGUAGGGAAAUUGUUUGAAUGUCAGCAAUAUAUUAAAAAUGCAAGAAAGAAAAAUAUUGGAUGCCAUAUGAAGGAAAUAUAUUUUCAACCAUCAAGGAAAAUCAAUUUAAACAUAACAGUAAGAGAUUUCAGAAAUAAUUCAAGAGAACUGUCUUAUUACAAAGCUUUUACACCUCAGGCAAUAGAGAAGCUGAACCCACCAAUCAAUGUCUCAGUUUCCCUUGAAAACAGAAGUAUUAAAAUUCACUGGAAACCUCCACCCACUAUUGGUUCUGCAAAUAACAAGUGCUUUUUGUAUCAAGUGAAAAUAACAGACCUUAAGAUUGUAAAUGUCACUGAAGAAAACUAUAAGUAUCCGUUUCAUAAACCAGCAAAAAAAUGUGCAGCACAAGUGAGGGCAAAGAAAGAGAUAUGCAUAAGAAACAAGAUGUGGAGUGAAUGGAGUGAGCCAGUGUUUAUUCAUGGUGAAAAGACAGUGGAUGUCCUGCUGCUAAGCCUCACAUUGUUUUGUCUCCUGAUUUUCCUUGGAGGUUUGCUGAUGUGUGCAUGUAGAAGGUAUAGAUGCCUGGAAGUUAUAACUAUGCCUGUUCCACAUCCUUCAGAUAAUAUCAAAACUUGGCUAACAGAUGAGACUCGUCACCAGCAACACAUGUCAAUGCAAAUGGAGAUGCACUCAGAGGUUACUAUGGGAAUACCAAAAGACAAUAGAGAUGAGAACACUGAACAACAGAAAUGUUUGAAGGACUCUGGAUUUGAAGACCUAUAGAGAUGAUACACC